GCCAGGCAGAAAGGCAUGGGGUGUCACAGCAGUAAGAUGUGUGUCCACGUCCGGCAGAAGAAGAAAAACAAAGCAAAAAAUGAUAUACAUCUAAAGGAGAGCGGCACUGCUCAGGAUGGAAGUGGAAAGCUCCCUGUGGAGGAGCAGAGCAUCAGCCCGGAGACACUGCUGGAAAAGUACGAACAGCAGCUAAAAGUUCUGCAUGCAGUUCUGGCAGGGUCAGUUAAAGAGCGAGAGCAGCUCCUGAAGGACCAUCAGCACGGAGAACUCUGCAUGCUCGUCCAAAGAAUCGUUGAGAAGGUGAGCAAUGAGAUUACCGCUGAGCUCAGUGCUCUUCAUGAGAAGCAGAUGAAGACCGCCACAGAGCAGCACCAAAGAGAAGCAGAAGAGAUGCAGCGUGUACACAAUGAAGAGAAGAAUGCUGUAAAGGAAGCGCACAUAGCAGCUGAAAGUGCUCUGAAGGGGCAGAUUGAAGCACUGACGGCGGACUUGAAGCUGUUCACAGAGUUAAAGCAGCGAGUGAAGGAGUCCACGCUGAAGAGAGACCUUCAGAGAAACAUAGAGACUCAUGGCAGUCCUGGUGCAUUCUGGGAGCAGGAGCAGGAGAGUCUGCUAAUUGUCAUAGAGAUGAAGAGGGAGCGUUUACAGGAGCAGGGAAGCAAGCUGCGGCAGAUGGAGGCGCUGAUUGAAAAGAACCUUGCUCUGGAGGACCAGGUCUUGCAGGUUUUGCAGCAGAACGAGGAUCUGAGAGUUCGGAUAGACAACUAUCAAACACUAAUACAUCAACUGUCCAAGGAGCAGAAUGAGCUGCAGGAGGCACUGGAGAAGCAAACCCUGCAGACGCAGAAGCUCAGUCAGGAAAAAGAGGAGCUGCUCUUUAAACUCCUCAGCAACCAAGGCUCAUGUUCCUCAUUUCACACGCCAGCCAUUGUCCCUACAGGAGUGUCCCCCAGCUGACUUGGCUGGCCAGCUCACAGACUGGACUAGACUUAACCCACCAAAGCCUGGUUUUGACCUCCAGGAUUUUGCAACCUGUGCCUCAGUUUGACCUGCUGCUGUUGGUUUAUUUCCCAACAGCUGUUUUCAGGAAGCAGUGGUUAUUAUUGUAUGAUGAAACUGACUUUCAACAUGAGUGUUUGAGUCUUCUCUGAAAGAUAAAUGUUACUGUCUCUUUGGAAAAUGAUGUGACAUAUUUUUGUACUGUAGAUAAUCUUAUUUUAUGUGAUAAACUGUUCCCUUAUGGAAUAGCAGUGAGUCUAAUAUAGAAUUUAUACUGUGUAAGUUUUAGUUUCUUUUAAAAUAUGCUAGCCUACUGGAGAUUUUAUUGCAGAUUGUUUAUGGUAUUCAGCGUUAGCACAGAAGUUAAUUUUUCAAAUGACAGUUUUUUCUACCCCAAAGACAAUCAUCUAUUUUUAUUUUAUGUCUUACAACAUUUGUAGCAGCCACAAGCACUUGUAUGUGUAGUUUAAAAGGUUUUAUUUUUCGUUAUUUUCAGAUGCACUGGCACUUUUACAGCAGUAUUUUCAUAUAUAUAUGGACGAGGGAGAUUGUGGGCCUCUGAGACUUGUUGGCAAGACCGGUUUGUUUGCGUGUUACAUUUUUAAAUGUGUCAUUUCUGAGCACCCUCUUGUAAUAAUGGAGCCAUGACUGGUGAAUCACUUGAGGAAAUCACAGUUUUGUGAUUUAGGCAAAUACGUGAAUGUCAGUGGGAGACGACCUCAUGUUUUGAAAAAUGUGCGUGCACAGCAGCCUUGGGCAGAUGCUAGAGGAUUGCUGCUCAUUUGCUACUGUGUUUCCUACUGUCCAGAGCAAUGUAGGAAUGAACAGGGCGGUACAGUUACUUGUCACUCAGAAUGUCUGUUUGAGUGUUUGUGUGUUUUUCUUUUUUGAUGGCCAAUAUCUCUCUCUUUGUACUCAUGUGACCCAUUUUUAUGUUAUGUUGUACAUUUGGUUUUUUUAAACCUCUGAACUAGUGCCUUUUGCUUGGGGCUUCCCAAAGAAAAGCAAGCUGCAAUAAAAGCUGCAUCUGAGGUAUUUGUGAAGUGCAUUAAGUGUGGUGGAGGAACAUUUUAUGUGACUGGUGGAAAUGUUGGAAACAGAUGGACUUUUAUUUUUAGAAGUGACACAAGAAGCAAAUUACUGCACGCUUAAGGUCUCUUUGAGGGGGAACUGUGGCAAUUUUUCCUAAUUUCUGUAUAUCAAUUUUCAGGAUGCAAACAACGUAAUUUUGGAGAAACCUCGUCACAGUGGUAGUGUCAGGAACCACACAUCUGAAGAGUUUAAUGCCUCUAAAUGCUCCCUCACAGAAAGCUAUUACACAAAAUUACAAAUGGAUUGCCUGACGUUUGAGAGGGUGUUUCACGAUAGCUUUGAGAAGGUUUUGGCCUAAAACAUAUUUUUAAAAUAUGCAGGGCAGAAGACCCAUUCUGGGUGUUGUAAGGCAAAACCAUUUGUCCAUCCCUGGUUUUACUAAUAUUUUAACAUUAUCAACAUUAUAUAUAAACAGGAGAUAUGUGAGGCUUCACUGGUUGUUUUGGAUAGUAAAUAGAGCAUCUAGUGUUUGCAGUUUGUUGUGUAGACAUUGCAACCUCUUUUUGUAUCACCACCACUGUAAAGAAAUCAGUUGUUUGUCCAAAGUUUGUCGUUUUAUAUUAAACCACUCUGACUGUUUACAUCACAGUCUCUGAAAUAAGCAGAUCUUUCACAAAAUCAAAGUCCUGUAUUUUAAUGUUAUAAAUAUGUACCAAAAUUUAAUACUUGCAGGAAGUCAGAUCAGUAUUUGUCAGUGUACAUUAUAUGUGUAAUGUUAUUCAGGUUGUUAGCCCCUAAAACUCCCAAGGCUCUUAUGUCCAAAGUCUUAUUAUUCUUUAAUUACAUGGAAAACAGUUAAAUUCAUAAUUGAGUUUGUAAGAUAUGAGUGAGAAGUUAA